AUGGCAAACUCAAGAUUCGAAUACGUCAAAUCCUUCGAGCAGCCUGAUGUGCUGCUACCCAACACCUGGAUUGUGGUUCGCAUUGACGGCCGAGGAUUUCACAAGCUCUCUGAUCGCUAUGGCUUCGUGAAACCCAAUGACUGCCGUGCGCUGGAUCUGAUGAACGCCGCUGCCGUCGAGGUCAUGAAAGAGCUUCCGGAUCUGUGUGUGGCUUAUGGCGUUAGUGAUGAAUACAGUUUCGUCUUUCACCCAAGCUGUCAGUUAUUCGAGCGGAGGAAUGGGAAACUGGUGACAACUAUUGUGUCGACCUUUACAGCUCACUACAUUUUUCUAUGGAACACAUAUUUUCCCGAUAUGCCAUUGCAGCCGCCGUAUCUGCCGUCGUUUGACGGACGGGCAGUAAUCUAUCCCACUACGGGAAUUUUGCGGGAUUAUAUGAGUUGGAGACAGGUUGACUGCCACAUUAAUAACCUUUAUAAUACGACCUUUUGGGCCAUGGUGCAACAAGGCGGGAUAAACAACACAGAUGCAGAGUUGGAGCUCAAGGGAACGGUAUCGUCGGACAAGAAUGAGAUUCUCUUCUCGAGAUACGGAAUCAAUUACAAUAAUGAGGAUGAGAUGUACAAGAAGGGGAGUGUGGUUUAUCGCCAGUAUCAGUUAGAGGAGCCAAAGUCAAAGCCGGCUUCAGGUCACGAAGACGAAAGCACGCCCAUAUCAGAGAAGCAGCCGUCAAAGUCUCAACAAGAGAAACUGCGCAAGCUACGUCGAAAGGCGCAGGUGGUGAUUGAACACGUUGAUAUCAUCAAAGACGACUUCUGGGAGAGGAGACCCUGGAUUCUUUCGAAUAAGCCAGGUAAACUGCCGGCAGAGGCUGAUGUUUGA